CUAUCCGUCAUCAACUGCAUUCCUCAUCGUGUAAGCGAUUCGCAAUUAUGGUCAACUAUGGCGUCGUGCUCCUGUUGGGUGUUGAAUCGUUGAUGGCUGGAUUGAAGUCGAACGCAGGUGUAGUGAUGUCUUUUUGGUAUGGCGGAUAUCAAACCGCAACGCCGCCGCCUUCCUACACAACUUACGCAACGAUCAGUUCCUGCACCGAGGUCUUCAAGUACUACGCCACUAAAGCACCGGAGUUGUAUACCACAACUUAUGCUGUCCCGAGCCACUACACUGACACCCCGAAGUAUUACUCUGCCCCGAGUUACUACACCAAGGCGACCGAGUACUACAUGACAAGGCAUGCUGCCCCAUCCUACUACACCGAGGCUCCCAACUACUACACCGAGGCUCCCGCUGAUUACCAAAACGGUCGAGUACUACAACGAAGCGGUAAAGUACUACUCUGCCCCGAUCUACACAACUGAGGCGGCCAAGUAUCUCGCUGUCCCGACGUACUACAUAGAUGCUGCUCUUGCGUGUCACGUUGAACAGAAAUACUACACUGAUGCUCCAGUUCACUACACCACGACCUAAGCUACACCGCAGCCCCCAAGUACUACAGCGAAGAAGCCGCCUAUUACACAACAACGUAUGCUGCCUAGUUUACUACACCGAGGCUCCCAUGUACUACAUCACUAAGGCACCGGAGUUUCAUACCACAACUUACGCUGCCCCAAGCCACAACACUGACGUCCUGAAGUAUUACUCUGCCCCGAGUUACUACACCAUCUAAGCGAUGGAGUACUACAUGGCUACGUAUGCUGCCUAUCCUACUACACCAAGGCUUCUAACUGCUACACCGAGGCUGGCGCUGAUUACUCCACCAAUACGGUCGAGUGUUACACCGAAGCGGCAAAGUACUUUUCUGCCCCGAUCUACACAACCACAACUGAUGCGGCCAAGUAUUACGCAUUCCCGACUUGCUACACCAAAGCUGCUCUUUCGUGCUACGUUGAACCGAAAUACUACACUGAUGCUCCCGUCAUUACACCACGACUUACGCUACACCUAGCUACAACACCGCAGCCGCCAAGUACUACACCGAAGGAGCCGCCUGUUACACAACCACGUACGCUUCCUGGUAUACUACAUCGAGGAAUCUAAGUAUUAUCCUGCUCCAAACUACUACCAUCUGAAGUUCAUAAGUAUUACACCAGCAAUUCUCCUGACUGUCACCACUACUCAUGUUGCUCUACCUAUACAUCGAAGUUCUGAAGUAUUUCACUGGAUGUGUUGAAAGAUAUCAUUGAAUGUGUUGAAAUAUUGCUGAAAUACAAGAUUGAUCGAUAAAUCACGUGUAUGUCUCUAUUUUCUCCUGAAGUACCUUUCCUCCUGCUGUUCAUUUCGUGAUGUGAGAAAAUAUUUCUGAGUGUCAUGUAAAUUUCUAAAUAAUUGAUCUUGCAAAAUACAACAAUAAAAA